GCCCAGCUCACAAUAUCCUCUUCCUGCCCCCUCAACGCACUAGUCAUCGCACGUCGUUUACAGAGCAAUGUCACUUCCAAAUUUUGGAAGGAGCGCAGUGAGAGCUGCAAAGAACUACACCAAAGGAUUUUCGCAUGCCCAGAUCAAGGCCCGCAAUGCGACCUGCAACGACCCCUGGCCACCUUCGGGUAAGGAGAUGUUCGAGCUCGCUCAGAUGACCUACAGGCAGGGAGAUUUCAUCGACAUCAUGGAGGUCAUCGACAAGCGGCUCAACGACAAAGGCAAGAACUGGAGACAUGUAUUCAAGUCCCUCGUCGUUCUCGACUACCUCCUCCACUCCGGCUCUGAGAACGUAAUCGUCUAUUGUGAAGAGAAUCUUUACGUGAUCAAGACCCUCCGCGAGUUCCAGUACAUCGACGAGGAGGGGCGCGACCAGGGUGCCAACGUCCGCCAGAAGGCCAAGGACAUCACCAACCUCCUCAUGGACAAGCGCCGCCUCCACCAGCAGCGUGUUGCCCGCUCGCGCAUGCGCGACAGGAUGCUCGGCCGUACGUCGACGGAUACGGAUGACGAUGACGAAGACGGCCGCUCACCAUAUCGGCGCCCGGUGACGAAGCCUCUAUCAGGCACACCUAACAAGAAGCAUGACGAAGAAGACGAGAACCUGAGAAGGGCGAUUGAGGAGAGCAAGCGUGACGCACAGGCUCGCUCGACCGCUGAGGAUAGGGACUUGCAGCGGGCGAUAGAGUUAAGCAAGGAAGACGAGGAGCGGCGGAGGAGGCUCGUCGAUCUGGCUGCGAAUGGAGUCUUCGACGACACGGUCCCUCCAGGUGCCGACGCGCCGCUCAUUGACCUUGACGGUCCUGCACAGACAAUCGCGAUUAAGCCCCAAUUCACUUCGAUGCAGCCGCAGUAUACUUCUAUCCAAUCCCAAUUUACCUCGCUCCAGCCCCAGUUUACCUCUAUUCAGCCCCAGUUCACGUCGUUCAAUCCAUAUCUCCAGCAAGCUCAGCAGGAGGCCAUGCAGCAAGAGUACCUGCGCCAGCAAGCAGAGUACGCCCGCCAUCAGCUCGAAGCCGAAGCUCUCGCCGCCGCGCAACAGGCCCAGCUUCUCCUCCAACAGCAACAACAGCUGCAGCCGCAGCCGCUCUCUCCGCAGCGCACCGCGUUCGGGUCCAACAAUCCGUUCAUUGCCGGACCUUCCUCCCCGACGAUCCCCGAGCGCCCGAUCACGUCACCGCCGCACAACGGGCCUGUCUCAUUCAACCUUACCGGGACAUAUGAAGGAAGGAGGCCGGCUACAUCUUUCGACGAAGGGCGCGAGAGACGUGAGGCGUCCCGGCCAUACUCUGCAAGCACCGAACCGCGCAGACGUGGGCUCGGAGAGGAGAACGAACGACUCGCCAACCUCUUUGCCAACUACACGGGCGACGGUGUCGAUACGUUCGGGAACACUGGGCCGCUCAGGUUUGGCCAGACGGAGUAUGGUAGGCUCGCUGCACAGAAGACGGGUGCGGUCACAACGGAUCGCACUGGCGUGGCCGCGAACACGAAGAACCCGUUUUUGAUGGAAAGCCCCCAGCGGGUGACCCCUGCCCCUGCUAGCGCAAGUACCAGCACUGAUGCGGAGGGCAAUCUGAUUGAGCUGUAAGAAUCGAGUGAUCAGAAGCCAAAUGCGAUAGUGGCCUCUCUUCUUUCUGGAUCUUGUCACCCAAUACACUACAUGUAUAAAUGCUUCCUCUAUUGUACGAUCAGUAUCAUGUACAUUUUAAACCGUGUUAUCUAACCAUUACACCUGCC